AACAUUUGCAACAUGCCUCCAAAUUUUUUUUAAAAAAAAUUACAUACAUAUAAGCCUCCAAAAAUUUUUUUUAGGCUCCUAAAUUUGUAAAAAAAAAAUUCUUACAUAAACACAGCCAUAGACCUCUAAAAUCUCAGAGCCGGUCCUAACCCGUCAGAUUCUCCAUUAAUACAAUUGGACCAUCUUUUGGCUUUGCCAUUAAAGAAAAUAUCUAAUUAUAGCUGUAGCUAUUAAUUGGUCGGUGACAAACGUAUUCCAAUUCAUUGUGGAUGGAUCAUAAACAUGUCCAAUAUAAUUGUGGUCCAAAUGAGCUAAAGACCAAAUUGGUGCAUGGUCCAGCUGGGCAUGACCAAAUAGACAAUAGCAUGUCCAAACUCUUAAAAAGUUUAGAGUUUUGUUAAUUUGCGAUUUUCUUGAACUUGGAAAAAUAUAAUUUUACGACGGUAAAUGCGAUUUUACGGUUUUGACGUGAGAACAAUAUCUUACAGUGUUAUCAUGAAAUGAAAUUUUAUUGAUUUGGUGAAAUUUUCGGUUUAGCAGUUUUAAAGGAAGACAUAAUUUUACGAUUUUGGCGUAAAAACAUAAUCUUACGGAUUUGGCAGGUAAAUCCGAUUUUAUGGUUUUAACAGAAAAAUGCAAUUUUAGUAGAAACCCAAAACUUUACAGAUUUGGCGAAAAUAUGAGAUUUGGUCAGAAAACGUAAUUUUGUGGUUUUAAUAGAAAACUAAGUUUUACGGAUUUGGUGAGAAAAAGAGAUUUUAUGAUUUGGUGGAAAAUGCGAUUUUAUGAUUUUGGGAAAAAAACAAUUUUGCGAAUUUGAUGGGAAAAUAAAUUUUCUUGAAUUUGGUGGAAAACAUGAUUUUACAGUUUUGGUGUGAAAACAUAAUUUUACGGAUUUGGUAGAAAAAUGAAAUUUACGAUUUUAGCUGGAAAACAAAAAAAAAAAUCGGUUUUAGAGAAAACUAAAUUUUACGGAUUUAGUGAAAAAAUAGAUUUUGUGAUUUUGACAGAAAACAUGAUUUUUGGUUAGGCAGAAAAUGAUAUUUUGUAGAUUUGACGGAAACAUGGGAUUUCAAGAUUUGGAGGAAAUUCAAAUUUAUGAAAUAAUUACAUGAAUUUAAAAUUUUAUAUUGAAAUGGACUGUCCAUGCGGCAUAUUUUUUUAUUGGGCAUUAACAAUAUUGGACUACUAUCCAUUAUGGACCGACUAAUGUCUAAAAUACAAAUGGUCUGCAUGGGGCAGCCUAAUUGGACGUUGGACAGACAAUUUGAUAGCUCUAGUUAUAUCAUGUAUUUUUUGAACGAAUAUACAUUUGUUCAAAUCAAAAAUAAUACGAGGAUUGUUCAGAAAAACAAUCCAAAUUAUAUAUGGACAAAGAUUUUAAAAACGUGUAAGCUUGACCGUAGUACAUGUAUUCAAGUUUGUCUCCGUAUCAAAGAAAAUUUAAAACCAAAUACAAUUUAUUAGGAAUUCGAUUCAUAUAAGUUAAGAAAUAAUUUGAAAGAGUGCGAACAUAUUUACUUAAUAUAUUUCAUAUCUGAUUAUUUAAAAAGGCCAAAUUACUAAUUUAAUCAAUAACUACGUAAUUGUUUUUAAAAGUUUCAAAAGCGUGAAAUUAUCUAAUAAUUUUAAAUUUUGACCUUAUCUAGUUAUAUAUCUUACAUGACCUUUUGAAUAAGAAAGAAAUCUAUAUAGACAGAAAGCUUGACUGUAGUACAUGUAUUCAAGUUUGACUCCGUAUCAAAGAAAAGUUUAAAACCAAAUAAAGACCUAUAUAAUUACAGCAACUCCUCAAGUAUUGUCAUCUCCGGUCUCGACUCUCUUCUCUUUCACUCGGCUAUCGUCAGUUUUCUCACAAGUAAGUAUCAUGUAACAUCCAUCAACAGCGCUUCGUGAUCUCGUCGUUUUCCUUUGUUCUAGUUCAAGUUUGCUUACAUUACACUGCAUCUCGUGGUCACUUCUCUCUUUGUAUUUCCAUGUGUUGACUGUGUUAAUUAUCUUUCAAAAAAAAAAAAAGACUGUGUUAAUUAAUCUCUUUUCUUGGUGGAAAUCGCAGUUGCUAGAAUCUUUAGUAUAUGUUUUAUGAGAGAUCAGUCUAGUGUGAAUCUACCCACUAAUUUUAAAUUCUCCAUUUGUUAUUUAUCUCAUAGACUUAAAAGCUGCUUUGUCAUUAGGCCACGACAGCUCUUGAGAUCUGAGAACCAAUGGGUUUUGACAUUCAACGCAUAGCGAAAAUUGAAUCAGUUCCCGGGGAGCAUUUCUGUCCUGUUUGCCAACUUCUUAUCAACCCCAAUGAAGCUCUCCAGUCUAUGUGCGGUCACUUAUACUGUAAGCCAUGUUUAGCUUACGUCGCAAGCACCACUAUGGCGUGCCCUUACGAUGGUUACUUAGUCACAGAAACUGAUGCAAUGGUUUGUUCUUCAUCUUUAAAAAUAUUUUAUUUGUCUUUUCUGUUUGCUUAGUUGGUUGUGUUUGCACACUAAAUUUAUAUACCAUCUUUUUACAGCCACUCGUGGAGUCAAAUAAAGUGUUGGCUGAUACUAUUGGCAAAACCGUGGUCUACUGUUUAUACCAAAACAGUGGAUGCACAUGGCUUGGCUCUCUGUCUGCUAGCUCAUUACAUGACUUGAGAUGUGCAUUCGGCAACUCUCUUGUUAUGUGUACCAGGUGUGGAGUUAAAACUUCGCACCUUCAGUGGCAGGAGCAUGUUGAAGUUUGUCCUGAAAUGCAAGUUCAGAUGCAUGCUUACAAUGAGGCUAAUGUUGUUAUGGGCGCCACCUCUCAUGAGAGUGCACAGGAUCAUGGUGUAGCUGCUGCAACGCUGACUCAAGAUCAAUGGUACCAACAACCAUAUCAGCAGUAUUACCAAAACGGUGAUGAUGGAUACUCCAUGCAUCAACAACGGCUGCACCUUCCAAGUUUAGAUCCCCAGCAUCAAGUACUUUAUGUACAGCAAGAAAUUCAUUAUGGGGCUCAAACUCACUCUCCUAUGCCAGCUCAACCACAGCUCCAAUCUCAGAGCUACCCGUCAGUGCCAUCUCACCCGCAACAUCCAUCACUGACAUUUCCAGCUUCUCAAGGUCUCAUAAACGUGCAAGCUCAAUCACAUUUCCAACAAGUGCCGGAUGUUCACCCACCUCAGCCUCUGCCUACUAUGCACAAAGAACAGUCUUCGUUACCAAGUCAAUUAACAAGAGCUCAAUAUUGGAGGCAAAUGGUGCGUAAGUAUGGAAGAGCCCCAGCCCCUGAAAGCUCAUCAGGUUUAUAUUCUUCACAGCAACCUUUGCCAAAACCUUCAUUGCCCCAACAGCAUACGACGGCACCAACAACUGAUGUAGUUCACAAUCAGAUGCAUCAGGGAGGCCAUUUUCAUAACCAACAUCUAGCAGUGAACUCUCAUUUGUGCCCCAUUGGCCAACAUGCCAUAUUAGAGCAAGAUGGACGUAGACAUUUGAAUACUAUUUUCCAGGAGUACCUCAACACUGUUCACCUACGCAGUGAAGAUGUUGAAAGAUCCGGAGAUUAUUUUUCAGGAUUAUCGGAUAGAGACUUUGACCAGAUAUCACCAAUUAGAGCUAGGGAAGAGCAUGAGGCAUAUUUCGAGUUUAGACCUGCUUCAAGAUUCUCUCAACCUUCCAUUGACUUGGGAGACAGACAGUUCAGAGGUGGACCAAGCAUUCUUAAUGGUCUUCGGCUUCCAGAUAUUGUUGACUUUAGGAGUAAAUAUACUUCGCAAGGAUUUUCUGGUGAUGGUGGAUCAUUUCCAGGACAUGUGGGAUCAUCUUCUCUAAAUUCCGAAAGAAACGCGACAGGAACCGUUGAAGGUUUAGACUUGCACUCUCAGACCAGGGGCAGGGAGCACCAACAUAAGUCAAUGGAUAGGGACGUCGUGAUCAAGCAGGAAGCAAGGGAAACUUAAAAUAGCUUCUGAGAAUUCUUCUCCAUUUGGUAAUCAGAGCUUUAGGAUAUAAAGAGAAGAAGCAUUCCAUUAUACAUUGGUGAACUUUCUCCAGCAUCUCAUUAUCCUAUCAGAUUUCUUGCAGUAUCCUAUAAGCUUUUACUUCUUGUAUUUUCCAUAACAUGUAAUUUGGAAACCUUUGUUUACCUUUAUUGUUAUCGAAUAAAAAUGGAUUCAAUUUCGUA